UGCCGCCUACCAUAGUAAAGGCGCCCAGGUCUGUGCUGGUCAAUGAAGAUGAGAGUGCAGUGCUAAGCUGCAAGGUCUCUGCUACACCCUACCCUGUUACCACCAUCACUUGGAUAAAGGAGGGAACACCCCUUGCAGCCAAUAAAAUGAGAUAUAACAUCAACUAUGAGACAGGUGUGUUAAGGAUCUCUCACGUGCAAGUUUCAGACAAAGGCAACUACGCAUGUCUCGUCAACACAACAGGUCACCCUUUUGUCACAUCCACCAAUGGAUAUGUGAAUGUAAAACAGAAACUGAAGUUCAAGCCCAAACCUGUGAACACUAAACUUGAGAAGGAUUCUAAUUCAAAAGUGCAUUGUAACGCAGAGGGUCAGACAACUCCUGUAGUACGCUGGCUCAAGGGAGGUAACCUUGUCUUCCCAGAGCACAUCCGAGAUGAAGGAGGUAUACUCCAUUUUGCGGGAGUGAAGUCUAGUGACACAGGCUACUACACAUGCGUGGCUACGAGCUCUACACAAGGGAUUAUAAAUGCUACCAUAUACAUAGAUGUUGUUGUCAAACCAAAGUUCAAAAUCAGACCUAAAAACACAACUGCCUAUGAGGGAUAUCCCAUGAUGCUUCACUGUGUUGCUAUUGGUGACCCAGCUCCCACAAUCCAAUGGGAUAAGAACCAGAAAGUGAAUGCAUUUGACCUGAAGAGGUUUAAAGUACUGAACAAUGGUUCCCUAUAUGUAUCUGAGGUGCAUUUGGAUGACAGAGGCAAAUAUGGCUGCACUGCUGGCAAUAGAGGAGGCUUCCAGAGAGAGGAGAUAUUUGUAGAUGUCGCUAGUGCCGAUCAAUACUUGAGGGACCAGGAAAGCAAACAGGAUGAUGCUAUGAACAUGAUGAAGACCAUCCUAAUAGCUGUGUGCAGUGCUGUUGCCUACCUAGGUCUGGUCCUUGGGCUGACCAUAUACUGCAGUCUCAGGCUCAUAAGGGCUAGGAAAUACAGAAGGCAGAUGCAGGCAACAAGUAAAGGUGAAAAUGGUGAUGCGAACCACACAGCUGAGCAAAAGGAACACAUGCUCCCUAAGGCAGAAGAUAUGAACCAUAUCAACCAUGUGAACAACAUAAACUGUAGCAUGAACCAGAUGUCAAGCAACAGCCAAAUGAAUCACCAUUUAAUUAAGAUCGACGGAGGUGACACAAACUCUCAUAUCUCUCUACCAUCGUCAACCCAGCAGUCACAUACAUCAUCAAGUAAUUCCCGAGCUCGGAGAGGAAGUUACGAUCGUUGGCAGUUUCCCAGACAUGACCUUGUGACUUUAGGAAUGCUAGGCAAGGGAGAGUUUGGGGAUGUAUUCUUGGCCAAGGCUUGUGGAAUUAAGGAUGGACAUGAUGAAACACUGGUCAUGGUUAAGUCACUCACCAGUAAGGAUGAACACCACCAUUUCCAAUUCCGUGCAGAGAUUGAAAUGUAUAGCAAGUUGAGCCACGAGAAUGUCGCAAAACUACUUGGGGUGUGUCGUGAGAUGGAGCCACAGUUCAUGAUAAUGGAGUAUUGUGAUUGGGGUGAUAUGAAACAGUUCCUUGCCGCGAUGAAACGAGAUUCAAACCGUAAGUUGACAUUGGCCCAGAAGAUAACAAUGAUGAACCAGGUUGCCAUGGGGAUGGAAUGUAUUGCUAACCAUCGUUAUGUUCAUAAAGAUGUCGCAGCUCGUAAUGUCCUCCUGUCGUCAAACCUAGAUUUAAAAGUUGCCAAUCUGAGCCUGUGUCACGAUGUGUACUCAGAGGAGUACUAUUUAUACCGCAAUAAUUAUGUUCCACUACGUUGGAUGGCCCCUGAGGCUUUAUUAGAGGAUGAAUACUCUACAAAAAGUGAUGUAUGGGCAUUUGGCGUGUUUAUAUGGGAGGUAUUGACUCUUGGUGAAGUGCCUUUUAAACGUAGGACAAAUAUGGAUGUUCUCCAAAGUUACGAGCAGGGCACGGAUUGUCGGCCGGAGCCCUUACAGCAAUGUCCAGAGGAACUUCAUACACUUAUGAACACAUGUUGGUGUAACAGUCCAAAAGAGCGGCCAUCAUUCAGCGAGAUAUCUAUCAAAUUCAGUGAAAUGACCAUAGACAGUGAUGUGUAAGGCAUGGGAGCUGAACCAGACAUGAUAGUAUUAUUAAAGAUGGAGCUUAGGCCGGUGCUGACAUCUAGUGAGCAUUGGCCGCCUGGUUCUAUCAGCAGAUGGCUUUGCUGCCAUCUAGUGAGCUUUUGUCUUCUGGAACAUUUGGCAGACAUCAGUGCUGACAUCUAGUGAAUGGUUUAGCACUGCCAUCUAAUGUAUUCUGGAAAUGGUCGGGCUCAAACAAUUGCCAUACUGCCACCUAGUGAGUGAUCUUAGCAGACAACUUGUCUACUGUCAUGCCACUUAGUGGAAAAAUAUGACCAGAGCCAGUAACCAAUCAGCAAUAGGACGACAUGGAUCUGAACAUAACAGUACUCGAAGCCAUAAAAUGGUGGAUAACAUCUAUAUACAUGUAUGUGUACUUAGAUACUUUUAAAUUAUCUUUUAUAUAUAAAUUUGUGUAAAUAUAAUGCACAUUUACCUGGAUGUAUACAGGGAAAGUGUUUGUAGGAACUAGUGUAAAAUAUGCGCUAUUAUGUUAAGUAGACAGGUAGAGUGUCUAUGGCGAAAAAUACUCUAAAAAUUGUUAGCAACCGGUGCAACAGGGUCUUUAUUGUACUGUACAAGAUUUGAAAUCUGUUUCAUUUGAAAAAAAUUGUAUUAUUUUAUUACAUGAUAAUUCGUUAUUAAUAGAAUAACUCAUUAUUAAUAUUAUAAUGCAUUUUUUAUUUGAUACUGAAAUGAUAAACUGAAUUUAUUAAUAAGUGAGAUGCGAUGAAAAAACGAAUUGAAGAUUAAUUUCUGUAUUAAAGUGUUUUGAAUAAUGCUACAGUAUGGCUUAAACAUUGGUAGUCUCAAUAAUUGGAUAAAACUUCAUGAAUUAUCAAAACCAUGUGUUUUAUUUGUGUACUGUAAUGUACAAUUUAAGGGGCAAUAUUUGAAUGUACAUUACGAUUUUACGAAAUGCAGGGAUAUUUAUUAUUUUUCCCGUAUCCAUUUAUUGAGAUUACCACCUCAUUUUCGCCCAGAUGAUAUAUACAUGAUAUGGCUUUUAAUGUAACAUUUUCUAUGUUAGAAAAUUGAUUCUACAAAUAUGGCAUUUGUAAUAUUUAUUGUACAUAAUCCAUUAGUUAUUAGUGUAUUGUAUAGAUGGCGAUAAUAGAUAAAAUGUAUUGCAUUCUGGGAGAUUUGUGUGUACAUAUUGAUAUUACACGAUAUAAACAUAGAUGUAAGGAAGCUGAUUGGUGGCUUUUCAUAAUAAGCAAUAUGUUUAAACAAACUGUACCUUGCGAUGUUGUCGGUUAUUUGUGGCAAAUUUCUGGAAGAUUCUACGUAGAUAUGUAAUAAUCUAAAAGAUCCAACUAUUUAUUGAAAUCUUCUAACAUUGUCAUGAACAAUAUGAUGUUUUAGAGCAUUUUACACUUUAAUUUUAGAAGAUAUUAGAUACGGUAAAUGCAAUUGCUGACAUUUCAUUUGAUUUGUAUUUUUGAAGGACAUUUACUGUUGGAGGAGACUCCAUUGGAGUUUUCAGCAGUAUAUAGUUCCUUUAAAAGAAAAGUCGAGAAGAAAUAACAGUAUUUACUUGUAGACAUUUUAAUAAUUUCACAUUUUCAGAGAACUUUUAAUGCUCAUUUUACAUUUAGAAAUCCAAAUCGAAUAGGUUUCUAGCUUUUUAACAAGAAAUCCAUAAAUGUAUAAACCUUGAUUGGUAGAAUUUGAACUUGUAACAUACUAAAUGUACUUGUAAUUUCAUCAAUAUUUUAGUUCACUAAAGCACGAUUGUCAUAUACAUGUAUGCAUUUGUACAGAUUUGCUAAAAAGUAAAACAUGUACAUUUAUUUGUUCUUAGAUAUCAACUUAACACAAUGGGAAAGGAAAAAGCUAAGAAAUAUUAGAAAACAUGGGAGGAAUUCAAACAUGCAGUAUGAUUGUAUUUCUAUAUCUGGACAUUUUCUUGCUUUGAUAUUUUCUAAGAUACAUAUACUGUAGAUUGGAGAUGUUCACGACCUGAUACAUUUUCUGGCCUCUAUUAAACCAAACUUUGUAUUUUUUAUUUAGAAUAGUUAUAUGUGAGAUUUUAUCACUUUAGAAAGCUUGUGCAAUAUAUGAUGGUAACGAGGCCUUUGUGUUUUCCCUUAGUUUAAAU